CUUCAGUGACUCGGCGCAGAGGUUUAAGAUCUAGGGUUUAAGACUUCAAUUUGAAGAACCAAGAAGUAAUUCAAAACGCAGAAGCUUCAGCGACUAUUAGUACCUUAAACCCUAAAUCCCUCCCAGAAAAAUGGAACUCCAAUCAGUUUGUUGUGGGUUUAUCGCUCCAAAACUCAGAUUAUCAGCUUACCAUCCCUUCUGUCAUCAAAUUGUUUCUGUGAAGCUUGGAAGCACCACGAAAGCAUGUCUGAAGCCUAGUUUCGGUAGUGCAUUUAAGGGUUUUUCAUUGACAAGCUUGAAAAGAGGAGUUAUCAUACAUGCAUCUAGUUCUAAUUCUAGCACAAACACAAAUUUGAACCUUAUGGGUAAAGAAGAUUCUGGCGUGCCUGCUGCUAGUUUUCAUGGGUUGGAGGCAUUUCGAGGUAAAUCAGGCUCUGUUUCCUUCUGUGGGUUGACUUACCAAUCGGUUGAAGAAGGGAAACUAGUGUCAGCUCCUUUCAAUGAAGAUAAAGGAUCACUUCUUUGGGUUUUGGGACCAGUUGCAUUAAUAGCAUCACUGAUUGUUCCUCAGUUCUUCCUUGCAAAUGCAAUUGAAGCUUUUCUCAAGGAUGAGGUUCUUGUAGAAAUUGUGGCGUCAUUAUCUUUUGAGGCCAUGUUUUAUAUCGGUCUUACAAUAUUCCUAGCUGUUACUGAUCGAAUUCAGAGGCCGUAUUUACAAUUUAGUUCAAAGAGGUGGGGCCUCAUUACAGGCCUUAGAGGGUACUUGACGUCUGCCUUCUUUGCCAUGGGGCUUAAGGUCUUAGCACCUCUUCUUGUUGUGUAUGCAACCUGGCCAGCGCUUGGCCUCCCUGCAUUGGUUUCUGUCUUUCCCUUCUUAGUUGGCUGCCUAGCACAACGUGUUUUUGAGAUUCGUCUGGAUCAGCGUGGGUCGUCUUGCUGGCCUCUAGUCCCUAUUAUAUUCGAGGUUUAUAGGAUAUAUCAAUUAACCAAAGCUGCUCAUUUCGUCGAGAAAUUGAUGUUCUCCAUGAGGGGCCUUCCUGAAUCUGCACAGUUGUUGGAUAGAAACAAUGCCUUAAUUGUUAUGAUAGUGACCUUCCAAUUCCUCGGUGUGGUUUCCCUCUGGUCAUUACUGACCUUUAUUUUAAGGCUCUUUCCUUCAAGACCCGUAGCUGAGAACUAUUGAUGAUUUAAUGGUUAUUGUAUAGAUUUUCUAUGUCCAGUAGUUGUGUUUCAUCCUCAUUUAAUAUCCGCCCAACCCAAGUUAAAUAGUCCCAUGAAAUGCCUGUGCUAGUUAACUAAAUUUUGUAGAUCAAACAUCAAAAUGCAAUAGGGUACCCUAAACUGGUUUAUAAAAUACUUGCUUUCUGAUUCGUUUCUCCAAAAA